AUGACGGCUGCCUUCGCAGAUAGCUCUGGUGAUGAUGAAAAGCGGCGGAUGGAGUUGAGCCAGAGUUACAGCAGCUCUGGCUUGGACUACUCAGAAGAUACCUUUGAGCCCUUCAGUGAGGAGGAUGAAGCCUGCUGGCAGGGAGAGACUGAACCAUCUGGAUUGUCUUGUUCCAUGGAGGAUUCAGAGGGGUCUGCUGUGUCAGACACCUUGGAGAGCAGGUCGUGGUCAGCAGGCCAAGAUCACACAGAUGAGCAGCCUGAAGCAGCGGGUUCUGCAGCUAUGGAAAGAGGUCUCCUGGGAAAAUGGGCUGAUGUAAAAAAUAAAGAAGCUGGCCCUAAGCAAGGCAAAUCGGUCAUCAAAACUCAUGAUGGUGAUAAUUGAUGCUUUUAUGUUGUUGAUUUAUACCUGACAGAAAUUACUGAAUUACCAGACGAAGAACUGGAUGCUCUCAGGUCUUUUUGCACCAUUAAGAUAAGGACGAUGCGUCUGCGUCGGCAGCUGGUCUUCAAGCAGGCAAGUGGUGGCAAGUCCAGAAAGCCACAGCAUGGAUUCGCAGCAGAUAAACUGGAGACAGGUGACUUGAACUGUGUUGUUCCUGGUCGGCUGAUGAACAGAAUCUGCCUGAAAAAUAUCAGAGAGACUGUUAAACAGGCGACAGAAGCUCAAAUCCAUGAACCUUCAGCGUGCCCUGACUGUCAGAAGAAGAAAGCAGAGCUAGCCAAGUCCGCCUUUCUCAGGCGAAAGAAGAUUCUAAUGGAAAGUGCUUUAAUCCAAGAGAAACUGGAAGAACAGAUUUACUCCACAGAUGUGCUUACACAUAUAGGAGAAGCACUCAGAAGCUUUCCCAAACCUUCAGAGGAUCCGAGGAACUUAUGGCAAAGGCUGAAAGGUCAGAAAAUGUCAGCGUCCCUUCCUCUUCCGUGCCACGCCGUGGCCUUUGUACCCUGCGCUGUACCCGCUGCUCUCCUGAUCCCUGGCGAGACGUUUCCGUACCUCGGUGCCUGGAGACAGACGUACAAACAGAAAAGCAUCGUCCGUUUGAGGGCAAGACCUCGUAUCACUUGA